GAUACAUACAAUCUUUUUUAGAGAGACAGAGGAACGAAUGAAGAAGUAACAACCAGCAAGCCAUUCCCAGACUCUCUCUCUCUCUCUCUCUCUCCUCAGGACUUGACUUCUCAGUUUCUUCUGAGUUGAAGCAAAGGUUUUGCCUUUGUGCAUAGCUUCAGAGAGGCUUGCAGAAUCAGGGAUGAAUUAUGAACUUAUCCAUAUGGUGUUUUGUAUAUGAUUGAUUGUUGAAGUCCAUUUUCCUGAUCUGGAUAUGAUUUCUGAAGAAAGGACUUUGCAGGUUUUCCGUUGAUAGGGGAAAUUAGAUAGUCAGAUCUUUGCAACGUGAUGAUUAAUGGUAUGGAAGAUGAAGAAUCAUGCACCAAGCCCCUUGGAAGGUGGUCUGUCCUUUUUUAUGGCGUGGGACACAUGCUCAAUGACAUAACAUCUGCCUGUUGGUUCACUUAUCUCUUAGUGUUCUUGACAGAUAUUGGGCUGACCCCAAGGGAUGCUGCUGCUGUCAUGCUUUCUGGUCAGAUAGCUGAUGGAUUCACAACCAUAUUUGCUGGUGAACUGAUAGACAGGUUUGGACAUUUCAAAAUAUGGCAUGGUGCGGGAUCUGCUUUGGUUGCUGUUUCAUUUUCUUCCGUUUUUGGGGGUUGCCUUCCUUGCCAAAUCCUUGGUACCAAUUCAUAUACUGUGCAAACUAUAGGGUAUGCCACAUUUGCAGCAAUCUUCAAUGUGGGCUGGGCUGCUACUCAAGUUUCACACAUGUCUAUGGUGAAUUGCAUCACACUCAAUUCAACCAGUAGAGUGGUGUUGGCUAGCUGCCGCAAUGCUUUUACAAUGGUUGCCAACCUCAGCCUUUAUGUAGUUGCAUUUGUGGUCUUCCAUGUCAGUACAUCGACUACACCUGUAGAUGUUGAAAUCCAGUACCGCUGGAUAGCAUAUGUGUCAAUUUUUAUCGGAUGCUGCUUCGUGGGUAUAUUCUAUCUUCGAACCAAAGAGCCAAGAUUGAAGCAAGGUGUUCAAGGAAAAAAUUGUUCAAGGAUAUCUUGGUCCUACUGGUUUAAGAAAGUUCUAUACUACCAAGUUGCACUUGUUUAUGUGCUCACUAGAUUAGUAACCAAUGUUUCACAGUCAUUUCUUGCAUUCUAUGUCAUUAAUGAUCUGCAAAUGGCGCAAUCAUCUAAAGCUUUGGUUCCAGCAAUCAUCUUCAUUUGCAGCUUCAUCGUCUCUGUCCUUCUACAGGGGUUCACGUGGACUGGCCAACGCUUGAAGUUGUUUUUUUCUAUUGGAGGCAUUCUUUGGAUGUUUUGUGGUGCUGGGAUCCUCCUUUUACCAAGGAGCAUGAAUGCUAUUAUGUACCUUUUGUCAGUAGUAAUCGGCAUAGGAAAUGCUCUAAUGUUGGUGACUGCAAUAAGCAUGCAAGGUGUCCUAGUUGGUGAAGAUCUCAAUGGAUGUGCUUUUGUGUAUGGAUCAUUGAGCUUCAUGGACAAAAUCUCAUGUGGGGUUGCCUUAUACAUUCUUGAAUCAUAUCAGAAUUCUUCUCCAAACCUUCAGGGGUGCAGUUCAAUAGUUUCGUGUUUUUCAGUUACAAGAACUGGCUUGGGUCUCAUACCGGCAAUUUGUGCGUUCGUUGGAGUCGUAGUUACAUACACCAUGGACCUUCAGACCACCACUCCAAAGCCCUUAAUGGAGUCUCUAUUGGCAUAACAUAAAAAGGAACAAAUUUCCUUUCAAUCAGCAUUAACAUGUUGCAACAACGGUUGCACUUCCUUUAGAGCAAUGCUAGGAAUUCCAAAAUUUUUACUAAACAGUCACAUCGGUGUGGGGCCCACACUCAUGUGGGUCUCUGCACCCAUUGUGAGUGUUUGGUAAAAAAUUUGGUAAAAACCUUGGAGUCUAGCAUUUUUCCUUCAAGAAUAAAACAAAGAAUUAAAGCCUCAACUUUCAUGAGAGGAUAAAUUGUUGGAGUGCAAUCGAGGUUGACUACUACAUACCUCUUAUUUAUACCUCUUUUUUUUUGUGUAGUUUCUUUUCUUUCUUUUCCCUCCUUUUCCCCAAAUUUUUUAUACUUGUAAUGUACAAUUUGCAUUUUGUAGUUUCAUUUAGAAAAUGCUCAUUUAAUUGUGCUGAUAUUUAGCAGAUACAACUUACACAUGUAUUUUAGGAAAUUAUAAUUCACAUUACAAGAUCGAAAAUAUAGAAGGUUUUAUUGUGGCUCAGCCAACUCAGUUUGAUUUUUGUUUGUAAUGAAUUA